AUAUUAUACUACAUAAAUAAAAAAUAAAAAAUUAAAAUCAAGAACAUCGCCAGAGACGCCGAUACCCUUGCCGGGUGGUUCCGCCGCCGGUCGAUGCAACUUUUCCUUUGCCUCUCAUUUACUGCUAUCUUCCGCUUGGAUUUCCAAUUCGUGUUUGAUAGCGAAACAGCUGUUAGUAUCGACCGUUCCGUUAUUCAUGAUUUGUUUUGUGGUGAUUUGUGAGACUUAAUUGUUAGAGAUUGCCGUGGUCGUUAAUGGCGUGGAGAAUGCUACCAAAAAAGCAGGUUGUUACUGCAAGUUUUUCUAGAGCAUUGGAGGCCACUGCUAGGUAUUCAGCUGCAUCAGCUUCAAAAUGUGUGUUUCAAGAUUCUGCCAAAGCGUUGCCUGCUCUGGUCAGGCGUUUACACGGGUAUUGCCACACUGCAGCAUUUCUAGGUUCCGAAAAAGGGCUUCCUUCUCCCGCUGACGGAUGUCUAAUUAGAUAUUUCCAUGCGACCCCUGAGCUUCAGGGCAGGAGAAAAGAGGAUGGAUCGAUGCAUCUAAAGACUUCGAAGAGAGUUAAAGUUGUAAAUACUGGGAAAUUUUCCAAGAAAAAGAAAGACACACCACCUCCUGUUGAAACUCCUUACAUACCUCCAAGGCUAACUAGAACAGCAAAAUCCUUGGCAAACAAAACUAUUGAAAUAUUCGAAGGCAUGACUAUCUUAGAGCUUGCAAAGCGUUGUGGGGAAUCGACAGCUACAAUUCAGAAUAUUAUAACAAAUGUUGGGGAGAAAGUUGACUCUGAGUUUGACUCUCUCAGCAUCGACAUUGCAGAGCUGGCUGCAAUGGAAGUUGGGCUGAAUGUACGUCGACAGCACACAGAUGAAGGAGCUCAAGCUUUGCCACGCCCUCCAGUCGUCACGGUUAUGGGUCAUGUCGACCAUGGCAAGACAUCUCUUCUGGACGCCCUUCGAGAGACAUCCUUAGCUGCCAAAGAAGCAGGAGGCAUUACCCAGCAUCUAGGUGCAUUUGUCGUAGGAAUGCAAUCCGGCGCAUCCAUCACUUUCCUCGACACUCCCGGCCAUGCUGCAUUUAGCGCUAUGAGGGCUAGAGGUGCGGCAGUUACGGAUGUAGUUGUGCUCGUGGUGGCGGCGGAUGACGGCGUAAUGCCUCAAACUCUAGAGGCCAUGUCUCAUGCAAAAGUAGCCAAUGUUCCCAUUGUCGUCGCAAUCAACAAGUGCGACAAACCGGAUGCGAAUCCCGAACGAGUAAAGAUCCAGCUUGCAUCGGAAGGAUUGCCGUUGGAGGAGAUGGGCGGAGACGUCCAGGUUGUCGAAGUUUCUGCCGUAAACAAAACCGGGCUGGACAGGUUGGAGGAGGCUUUACUGCUCCAAGCCGAGUUAAUGGAUCUUAAAGCGCGCGUCAACGGACCUGCACAAGCGUAUGUAGUCGAGGCAAGGAUCGACAAGGGACGGGGCCCGCUGGCGACUGCGAUAGUGAAGAUGGGGACGUUGGUUUGCGGACAGCAUGUUGUUGUGGGCGCCGAGUGGGGAAGAAUUCGGUGUAUCCGAGACAUGGCUAGAAAACCGAUCUCGAAUGCUACACCCGCAAUGCCUAUCGAGAUCGAAGGGUUAAAAGGGCUCCCCAUGGCCGGUGACGACAUCGUCGUUGUCGAAUCUGAGGAACGAGCAAGAAUGCUGAGCGAAGGAAGGAAAAAGAAAAUCGAGAAGGAUAGACUCAUGAAACUCGACGAGGAGCGGCAAAGAGAUGAGGUGGAGAGGCUACAAACAGAAGAAGGAGAGGAAAACGCCGACGAAGAUGAGAAAUCGAAGAGGGUCGAAGUUCCGAUCAUCGUGAAAGCAGAUGUGCAAGGCACUGUCCAAGCGGUCAGCGACGCACUGAAAUGUCUGAACAGUUCUCAGGUUUACGUCAAGGUUAUCCAUGCUGGAGUCGGGCCCGUCACUCAGUCCGACGUAGACAUGGCGCAAGCCUGCGGGGCGUGCAUCGUUGGAUUCAACGUUCGGGAUCCUCCUAGUGCAAUCAGCCUUGCAGCUGCACAAAGCAAGAUAAAGGUAAAAUUACACCGAGUAAUCUAUCAUCUAUUAGAAGACGUGGGCAACUUCAUCGUCGAAAAGGCUCCCGGGACGCUGGAAACGAAGGUCGCCGGAGAGGCCCAGGUGCUGAACAUAUUCGAGCUCAAGGGGAGGAGCAAAUCGAAAGGGGACGAUGUGAAGAUUGCGGGAUGCCGCGUGAUGGAUGGGCGGCUGACGAAAUCGGCGACAGUAAGGCUUCUUCGGAGCGGGGAAGUGAUCUUCGAAGGGUGCUGCGCGUCUCUGAAACGAGAGCAGCAAGACGUCGAGGCUGUGGGGAAAGGGAACGAGUGCGGUCUGGUGAUCAAGGACUGCGACGACUUCCAGAUCGGCGACGUGAUACAGUGCCUGGUGAAAGUUAAUCGGAAACCUAAGUUUAUAUCGUCGGAGAGCGGAUCCGUGAGGAUCGAGUGCUGAUUUGAUCAGGUCAGUAAUGAAAUCGUUUUUUGAUGUUAUUUUUGGACCUUAACUUAUGAAGUAUUUUUUGGUAGUGUUCUCUGCUCCUAGUUUAGUUAAAUUACCAGAUCUGGGGGUGGACUGGGCGGGGAAUUAGUGAAAUUUUAAAUUUAGAUAAUUUUUUUGAUAUAUUAUAUAUAGAUAUUUGAUAUUUAUAUCUGUCUCGAUUUGUUUGUUAUUAAUUUUGUUUUGCUAUGAUUUAGAAUGUGUUUAAGUUUUUAAAUUGACUCG